AUGGUUUCAUUAAAAUUCAUCUAUAUUCUUUUAGCAUGUUGGUCAAAUCCUUGUCGUAAUAAUGCUAGAUGUAUGCAAAUAAAUGGUGGCACUGAUUAUAUGUGUAUUUGUCCAGAAGGUCUUCUAUUAACUGGUAAAAAUUGUGAUCAAAGGAUCACAACAACACCUUCAACAACUAUAACAACAGUAUCACCAUGUUUACAAAAUCCAUGUUUCAAUGGUGGUGCAUGUAUUGUUUUACCAUCUCCUAAUUCGUAUUUUUGUCAAUGUCCUGAAUAUACAUAUGGAUCACACUGCGAAAAUUUAAAUCGAUGCUUCAUACAGCCAACGCCAUGUCAAAAUAACGGUCUAUGUAUUCCUGGUCCGAAUUCCGCUUAUUCUUGUUCAUGUAGUUCACAAUACACAGGAAUUCAUUGUGAAACAUUUAUUUCACUAGCAUCUAUUUGUACAUCAGUCGUGUGUUUAAAUGGAGGCACAUGUCUAGCAUUAAAUGAUAAUACGAUAGCUUUUUGUCAAUGUCGACCUGGAUAUUCAGGUUCAAGAUGUGAACUAUCGAAUCAAUGCUCGAGUUCUCCAUGUUUGAAUGAUGGUCUUUGCACGCCAGUCAAUCCAUCGUAUCAAUGUACCUGUAAAAACCCAUACUUUGGUCCUCAAUGUCAAUAUCAAAAUAAUAUUUGUUCGCCGUCACCUUGUAAGAAUGGUGCAUCAUGUUUUGUAAUAAAUAAUAAUAAUGAUUAUGUAUGCGGAUGUGCUCCUCGAUAUACAGGCAAAAAUUGUGAAACUAUAGUUGCGUCAUGUAAUUCAGCAUUAUGUUAUAAUGGUGGUACAUGCGUAUUAAUGUCAGAUGGAACAACUUUUAAAUGUGCUUGUCAACCAGGAUAUACAGGAGAUCGAUGUAUGAGUGUUAUAACUCGUAAUUGUAUAUCACAACCAUGUCGUAAUGGAGGUACAUGUUCGGAAGGUCCAUUUACAUAUGAAUGUAAGUGUUCAAGUCCAUUUCGAGGAAAACAAUGUGAAACUGUAACAUCAGUUUAUUCACCAUGUGACAGUAAUCCAUGUAAGAAUACAGGUACAUGCAAUGUUUCAGGAAAUAGUUAUACUUGUACAUGUGCUCCUGGUUAUACAGGAAAUACAUGUGAAUUAGAUAUGCGUCCAGCUGUUUGUGAACUGAAUUGUUUGCCGGGUUAUUGUUUUGCUAAUUCAGCUGGCCAACCAGCUUUUGCUUGCUUUUGUAUGGAUAAUACAAUACGUUUGAAAACAUGCAGUUAA